GCAUCGAUGUCCGUGGCCUGCUGCGUGCCCCUAGUCGAGUGCGUGUCCUGCCUAGCGUGCGCCCGUUGGGUCUGGAAAAAGUUCCUCUACACCGCAGGCCGGGAGAGCGAAACAUGGGGCUUCGCCACAGCUGCAGAGUUCGAGCCCGUGCCUCGACUCUGCCGCUACAUCCUCUCCGUCUAUGAAAACGACCUCCGCCAGCCUCUGUGGGCGCCACCUGGCGGUUACGGCAUAAAUCCCGACUGGGUCGUCUCCAAGAAGGACUAUUCCGACACGGCCGGCCGAGUCUCACCUUACAUGAUCUACAUCGACCACGAAAAUUCAGACAUAAUUUUAUUGAUCAGAGGACUUAAUUUGGGUAAAGAGAGUGAUUUUCUACUGUUGCUUGAUAACAAGCUGGGCCAGACGACGUAUGACGAUGGCUACGUGCAUAAUGGGCUUCUGAAGGCGGCCCAAUACGUUUUGGAGGAGGAGUGUGGGGUUUUGGGGGAGUUGGUGGGUAGGUAUAGUGGGUACAGUUUGACUUUUGCCGGGCAUUCUCUUGGGGCUGGGGUGGUCACGUUGUUAACUAUGCUGGCGGUGAAGAAUAGGGAGAAAUUGGGGGGUGUAGAGAGGGAUAGGAUCAGGUGCUUUGCGAUUGCGCCCGCACGGUGUAUCUCGUUGAAUUUGGCGGUUAGGUAUGCGGACGUGAUAAACUCGGUUGUGCUGCAGGAUGAUUUCUUACCCCGGACAACAGUAGCACUUGAGGAUGUCUACAAAUCACUUUUGUGUUUCCCUUGCUUGAUGUGCAUAAUGUGCUUAAAAGAUACAUGCACACUAGAGGAGAAGAUGCUCCAGGACCCGAGGCGUUUGUACGCACCCGGUCGACUCUAUCACAUUAUCGUGAGAAAACCCUUCAGAUGUAAAAGAAUUCAACCACUCGUUAGGACAGCAGUGCCUGUAGAUGGGCGGUUUGAGCACAUUGUGCUCUCGUGCAACAUAACGUCGGACCAUGCUAUUAUUUGGAUACUGCAGGAAUCUGAAAGAGCAUAUAAUACCAUGCUGGAAAAAGAGCAUGCUAUGAACUUUCCCCGAGCACAAAAGAUGGAAAGGCAGGCAUCGGUGGUGAAAGAACACAAUGAAGAGUAUAAAGCAGCCAUAGAAAGAGCAGUCGCAUUGGAAGUUCCUCAUGCAUACCCGCCGCUACCUUCUUAUGGAACUUUCCAAGAAAUGGAGAAAGGUCAAAAUUCAAGCACCUUGCACGAGGAUUAUUUUGUCGGAUAAUAUUGAGGAAAGUUUUUUUUUAUUUUUUUAUUUAAUCAUAAUUUUGGGAAUAUGGAGGGAGAAGACAAUAUAGGCUUAUUCCAUGGGGAAGAUAGAAAGUUUAUUAGGAGAUGAUCAUUCAUUGUUUGAUUGUGCAGAUGAAAACGUUGGUUCUGUAUGUGCAGUCCUUUUGUAUCACAAAUGUAUAUUAUUAUAUGAGAAAGUAAAAACUGAUAUCACCCAAUUUUAUGCUAUUAAAAAGACGGCUCAACACACCAGUGUGUGUAUUACAGAUACCCUGUUCGCAUUUGUUUUUGUUUACACUUGUUGAGACUAUGAUUCGAUAUCUGGAGAUGAAAAUACAUGGUGUCUGCAAAGUUUCCUUUGUUCUGAACGGAGCCAAAUGGUUUUAUUCAUCUAAGGUUUGAGUUUCCUCUUCUUGGCUGCAUUCCAAAUCCGGCACAAAUUCCCCUGCAUUCUUUUAACAAAUCGAUCAAACUCGUGGAAAUUUUGGUCCUCCAUUAGAUAUGGGCUUAGCCUGAGAUAGGUAAAAGCAGAUAAAUGUCUUCCAUCUGGAUCAUUGAAAGGCUUUGCGUUUUCCAGUAUUUUGUUAUAGCCUUCUCUGUCGUAGCAUGGAAGGGCAUUUUCACUUGCAACUGGUAUGCCGACAUCCCAUGCAGCAUUUACUGCUAACCUGCCAAACCAAUCCUUCAGGAUCUGCUAAUGCUUCAGGGAAAUCUUCUUGCUGAUCUAAUGUUCGCAACUCGACACAUGUGAAGUUUAGAGCAGUCUCAUGCUUUUUCAGUAUUGAUGCGAUUGGAGCAUAACCAUCACGGUUGGACGGAUUAUAGAAACCUGCUGUUAACUCUGCAGCAUGGCUGGCUGUCUUAUACCACCAGUGAAUCCCUGAUAACUGCUCAACCCAUGAAAUCACUUCAGAUAAAAAUCCAUAGUGAGCAGAAGCUAAUGGCAUCUGGGAAAUUUCAUUGUGAUUGAACAACUGAUAUAGCCUAGAAAAAUAUCGAUACUACUCAAACAUAACAAAUACCGUGUUUAGGGUUGUACUUUCAUAACAAGAUAA